UGUUGCAGCGGUCUGUAUCUCAAAUUAUCGCCAGAUUCUACACAGUUUGUUAGCACUGACACAGGGCUAAUAACAUACUAUUGCUGAAAAGCCAUCCGUAGAUACACCCGUUACUGCGCCCCGUAGAGGUCGGAUGUACAGUAUACCCUCAACAUACAAGAAAAUAGGACGUGCAGAAAAAGAAGAGAAAGAUGAUAAAAAAACACACCAGCAAGAAAAUGUCUGCACCAGUAGGUGGGAAUCCUCUGUUUCAGAGUCAUAAAGCAAAGGAUGACUUUGUCAGCGUGCGGAAGAGAGAUUUAGAGAGGCUGACCACAGAAGUCAUGCAGCUGAGGGAGUUCCUACCCAGAGUCCUGAACAGUGACCUCAUUGAAACGCUGCAUAAAGCCCAAACAGUUCACACAGUGAGAGAGCACCUUGUGCAGGAGCAGGAGCAGCUGCGUCAGGAGUGUCUGCACCUUCAGUCUCGACUGGAUGCAGUGCAGACUGAAUGUCAGAAAGAGAGAGAGGAGAAGCUGCUGCUGCGUGAACAGCUGUGGCAGAGCGGUGCAGAGCUGCAGCAGCAGGCAGACUUCUGCUCUGCUCUGGGGUCUGCCACCUGUGGUCUGCUGUGGAAAUGCUCUACCAGUGAGGACACAGUUGAAUGCUGGCUGGCUGAUGCAAACCUGCAGUCCUUUCUGUUCAUAGCUACUCAGACUCUGGAGAGCUUUGUCAGCUCUUUAGACAUGGAGGAGAAAACUCAAACUGAGGACCACAACUCCAAUGAGCACCAGUUUGUGUUGGCUCUGGCUGGAAUCAUAACUAACCUAGCUGCUGUAUCAUGUGGACGGAACUUCCUGUCCACCUCGGCUCAAACCCUCCUGGACAAUCUGAUGAAGCUUCUGACGCAGAUAAAGCACGGUGUCUUCCCCAAACUGAAAGUGCUGAUGUUGAUGGCGCUGUACAAUGUCAGCAUCAAUGUGAACGGGCUGAAGCACAUUAGUCAGAACCCAGGACUCAUGCCUCUCAUCUGGACCCAGCUGAACGAUGGACAUUGGGAGGUUUGUCUCCACUCUUUGCGUCUCCUGCAGUCGGUCUUGUUGGAGGAAGAGGCGCUGCUCCUGCUAGGCUCCACCCUGCUCAACCCAGACCUCCAGGCUCGCGUCAGGGAGCUCACCACAAGUGAGAAGCCGAGCCUGAAACUGGCGGCCCAGCAGGCACUGGAGGAUCUGCACGCCCUCCAUCAGGGUUGGGGAAGUAAACAGAACACCGUGUGAUGCAGACUCAGCAUCUUCAGGCCUGUUAUCAGCACUUCAUGUGCAAAGUGUGAAAUGUAGAGAUGGAAGAUUUAGUUUGAGUUUAUCUUACAUUUGUACAUUUUUUGAGCAUUCAAAUAAAAGUUUGUUUCCGUUUUAUUGUGAAUGUGACAACACAAUAUGUUCGUGAUAUAUUAAAUGUAGCUGUCUUUCUAAGAUAUUUAAAAUGUCUCUCACUGCUUUAUUGAAACAGUGUGUCACGGGCAGAGAGUCAGAAUCUAGGUCACAGGUUUCUCUGCUAAUCAGGAGUGAUUGGGUGAACCUGUGUUCUCCCACAGCUGAGGACACUCAAAACACUAACUCUACUUAAAUUCGACACACAAAACACUUACAAAUGAAAACACAGUAGUGAAGUGAAAUAUAACAAAGAAAAAAUGAUCAAAUCAAUUAAAUAUACUUCAUUGUCCCCAUAGGGAAGCAAAUACUAGACAGAUGGACAACAAAGGUUUUAAUUCACAGAAUAUAAACAAGAUCAUUAUUUCACCUGUCUAAAGAUAAGAUAUGAUAUUCUUUUAGCCCUUUAACACCUAAUCCUAAAAAUGCCUGCACUUUUUUGCUUAAUUUAACCAUAAAAGGACCAGAGAAUAUUAUUUUGCCCAUUUAUUGGUUAUUUACGAUUUACUGCAUGUCAAAAUACUGUUGUAACAAUUUAAA